UUAUAGAUUCAAAGAAUGUGAUUUAUAUAUUUGGUGGAAGGGUAGAAUUAGAUAUGGGUGCAAGCGUAUUUACUAUAUUCGAUGAUUUUUUCACAUUUGAUACCAAUACUUUGUUAUGGACAAAUCUUUCAUACACUAAUCAUCCAUCUAAACGAAGCCAUUGCACUGCAACUCUAAUGCCCGAUGGAACGAUUAUUUACAUAGGAGGUGUUACUCAAACUAAUCCUGGAGAAAAUUUAACUCGUACACUCAUGACUGAUAUAAAUAUAUUCGAUACUAUUCAGUCAUCUUGGUCAUUUAAGACUGCGAACAGCCCUAGCUCAGUAAAUAUAGACCCUCGUGUUGGACAUACCACUGUUCUAGGCAACAUUACCAAUGAUUAUGGUCCUUCAACCAAUGCGUCUGCUGAUAUGUAUUUAAUGGAUCUUUCAAAUUACACAUGGGUGACGCAAUUUGGAAAGACUACUCCUACUCCUACCCCUAAUUCUACCAAUAAUACACACUUGAUCAUCAUUAUUGGUAUUGGUCUAAUAGCAUGGCGUUUUAAAUGGAGAAUGAUCUCAAAAACUGCUGCAAUGUAUGAAUUAGCAGAUACUAGAGUAUUAAUAUCGCGUAUAAUUAUUCAAGCUAAUUCGGAACAUUCAAUAG